AUGGCACCGGCCGCCCCCUCCCCGGGCCCCAGCGGGGGCCGGGAUGCGGCGGCCGGGCCCCCCCCCCCCUCCUGCCGGCCGCUGCCGCCGCCGCCGCCGCCGCCACCAUGGCCUCGCUCGGGCCCCACGGCGUCCUGGGGGCCCCCCCGCCCCGCGGGAGCCUCCCCCCGGGGCGGGGGCCGCUGCCCCCCCCCCUACGCCGUGGUGCUCAUCUCCUGCUCGGGGCUGGUGGCCUUCGUCCUCCUCCUCCUCACCUGCCUCUGCUGCAAACGGGGCGAUGUCGGCUUCAAGGAGUUCGAGAACCCCGAGGGGGAGGAAGACUCCGGGGAGUUCACGCCGCCGGCGGAGGAAACCUCGUCGUCCCCGUCCCUGCCCGACGUCUACGUCCUGCCCUUGGGUGAGGUGGGGGGGCCCGGCCCCCCGCCCCCCCCCACCGACCCAUCAAAGCCCCCAGGCUUGAGCCGGCAGCAUCUGAGCUACAUCCAGGAGAUCGGCACCGGCUGGUUCGGGAAGGUGAUUCUGGGGGAGCUGCUGGGGGACGCCAGCCCGGCGCAGGUGGUGGUGAAGGAGCUUCGAGCCGGCGCCGGAGCCCCGGAGCAGCGACGCUUCUUGGCUGAAGCUCAACCCUACCGGAGCCUCCAGCACCCCAACUUGCUGCAGUGCCUGGGGCUGUGCGGGGAGAGCGGCCCCUUGCUGCUGGUCAUGGAGUACUGCCAGCUGGGGGACCUGAAGCGAUACCUGCGGGCGCAGCGGGGGGCUGGGGGGGACACGCCGGAGCUGCCCCCCCGCGACGUGGCCACGCUGCAGCGGUUGGCGCUCGAGGUCACCCUGGGGCUGCGGCACCUUCACCGGCACGGCUACGUCCACAGCGACCUGGCCCUCCGCAACUGCCUGCUGACCUCGGAGCUGACGGUGCGGCUGGGGGACUACGGGCUGGCACACAGCAACUACCGGGAGGACUACUACGUCACCCCCGAGCGGCUGUGGGUCCCCCUGCGCUGGGUGGCCCCCGAGCUGCUGGCCGAGAGCCGGGGGACCCUCGCGGUGGCAGAGCAGAGCAAGGAGAGCAACGUCUGGUCGCUGGGGGUGACGCUGUGGGAGCUGUUCGAGUUGGGGGUCCAGCCCUACCGGCACCUCUCGGACCAGGAGCUCCUCGGCUGCCUGAUGCGUCGGCGCCCGCUGGCCCUCGGCCGCCCCCGGCUCCGCCUGCCCCACGCCGACGGCUGGUUCGGGGUGCUGCAGUCCUGCUGGCGCCCGCCCCCCCAGCGCCCGUCCCUGGAAGAGCUGCACCGCCGACUCAGCACCCUCCUGCGGGGUCCCCCGGGGGGGUCCCCAGCUCCGGCCCCCCCGCCCCGGCCCCCCUCCGCCUUCCCCCUCCUCGACGCCUUCCCCGGCCCCGACCCCGAGGACGUCCUCACCGUCACCCAGAGCAGCCGGGGACGUCUGGCCUUUGAGUGUCUUUGGGAACGCGCCCGGGGGGGGCGCACGGGGGGGGUACCCCCCCCCCAAAACCGUCCCGGUACCUUGGGGACCCCCGGGGUGCUGCCGGUGUUGGGCGCCCGCAGCCCCUCGGGGAGCAGCGAGUACUACAUCCGGCUGGAGGAACACGAGGGCGGGGGGGACGCGGGGGGGACGGCGGCCACCCCCGGCCCCCCCGUUGUCCCCAGUCGUCGCGGGGGGCUCAAUCCCUUUCGGGGGGUGCAGGAGACGGCGCUGAUGGGGGGGGCCGGGGAAGGGUGGGGGGAGCGCAGCUCGGCGGGGAGCACGGCCGGCAGCGGGGGGAGCAGCCCCCGACGUCCCCUGGCCUGUCCCCUCUGCCGGGGGGACGAGGAGGGGGACGACGGGGACGCCCCCCCACCCCCCUGUACCUGCGCCCUGGCCCGCGCCGAGGUGGUGCGGGGGUGGCGGGAACGGGGGGCCCCCCUGCGCCCCCGUUGUGACAGCGCCGGGGACGAUUCGUCCCUACGGGCUGAGAGGGGCUCCUUGGUGGAGUGUCCCGAGGCCACCGAGGCCACCGAGGCCACCGGUCAACCCGGGAUUUGGGGGCCGGAGGGGAGGGGGGCGGCGGCGGGGAGAGACGAGGGGACAGCGUGGGGACAAGAGGGGCCGUCGGCCAGCAGAGAGGUGGCCCCCGGGGCGCGGGGGACGUCCCCUUUGGAACUGGAGGUGGCCCCGUGGGGCCAAGAGCGGCCACCGUUGACACAAGAGAGGUCUUCGUUGACGAGAGAGAGGCCAGCGUUGACGCAAGGGACGUCCCCUUUGUCACUGGAGAUGGCCCCGUGGGGACAAGAGAGGUCAUCGCUGAUGAGAGAGGUGGCCCCCGGGGCGCGGGCGACGUCCCCUUUGGAACUGGAGGUGGCCCCGUGGGGACAAGAGCGGCCACCGUUGAUGCAAGAGCGGCCGCUGUUGACAAGGGAGAUGGCACCCGGGGCACGAGGGACGUCCCCUUUGGCAUCGGAGGUGGCCUCGUGGGGACAAGACGGGUCAUCGUCGACACAAGAGAGGCCACCUCUGACACGAGGGACGUCCCCUUUAGCGCUGGAGCUGGCCCCGUGGGGACAAGAGAGGCCACCGCCAAGACGAGAGAUGGCACCCGGGGCACGAGGGACGUCCCCUUUGGCAUCAGAGGUGGCCCCGUGGGGACGAGAGAGGCCACCGUUGACUCAAGAGAGGCCACCGUUGACACGAGGGACGUCCCCUUUGGCACUGGAGAUGACCCCGUGGGGACAAGGGAUGUCAGCUUUGCCGCCAGAGAUGGCGGCGCUGACGCGAGCGGCGGCACCGCGGGGACGAGAGAUGCCACCGCUGACGCGAGAGGCGGCACCCGGGCCGCGAGGGACGUCCCCUUUGGCACCCCAGACGGUGCCGUGGGGACAAGGAACGUCGCCCGUGACGCCGGACGCGGUGCCUGGGACACGAGGGACGUCCCCUUUGGCGACGGAGGUGUCCCCGUGGGGACGAGAGAGGCCACCGCCGAUGGCAGAGGUGGCACCUUCGGCACCGGAGACGUCCCCGUGGGGACGAGAGACGUCGCCUUUGGGAGGAGAGACGGCGCCCAGGACGCGAGGGACGUCCCCCGCGGCAGCAGAGGUGGCCCCGUGGGGACGAGAGAGGCCACCGUUGACUCAAGAGAGGCCACCUUCGACACCAGGGACGUCCCCUUCGGCGGCGGCGAUGUCCCCGUGGGCGCAGGAGGUGGCACCCGCACGAGAGACGUCCCCCAGGGCAGCGGGGGCGUCCCCUUGGGCGUACGAAAUGUCCCCUUUGGCGCGAGAGACGGUGCCCGGGGGACACGGGACGUCCCCCGCGGCACCGGAAACGUCCCCGUGGACGCAAGAGACGUCACCUACCCCAUCAGGGGUGGCACCUGGGGCAGAAGGGACGUCCCCUUCCGCACGGGAGAUGUCCCCUUCGGCACCGGGGACGCCCCCUCAGACGGACGCGACGGCGCCGGGGGCACGAGGGCCGGGGACGUCCCCGUGGGCGCGUUGGACAGACGUGACGACGGCACCCGGGGCGCCGGGGACGUCCCCGUGGACGCAGGGGGCAGCGCCCGGGGCGCCAGGGACGUCCCCGAGGGAGGGUUUUCCCCAGGGGGGUCCUUGGGGACCCCCGCCAGGGUCCCCCUUCCCGGGCGCCGGCGUCCCCGUGGCCGUGGCGCCGCUGGCCGCGCUGGCCGAGGGUCCCGAGGAGGAGAGGGUGGCCCUGGUGCCCGGGGGUCUCGGGGACCCCCUCGGGGACCCCCCCGCGGUCACCCCCCCGCCGGCCGGGCCCUGCGACCCAAGGGGGGGCACGGGGAGGUGCCAAGGGACAUCCCCAAAGGGGGCUGCGGGGCAGGGGGCAGAGGGGUGCCAAGGGACGUCCCCGACGGGGUCCCCAGAGACGUCCCCGACGGGGUCCCCAGGGGCGUCCCCAAAGGGGUCCCCAGGGGCGUCCCCACGGAGCUGCCCGAGGGGCUCCCCGGAAAGGGGUCCCCAGGGGUCCGCAGAAGGGGCUCCGAGGAGGCGCCCAGAGACGUCCCCAAAGGCGUCCCCAGAGAAGGUCCCCGAGGGGUCCCCAAGGCGGCGCUCGGCAAAGUCCCCAAAGGGGUCCCCAAGCAACGGCCCCCCCAAGUCCCCGAAGGCGUCGCCAAGGAGGUUGCAGGAGGUGUCCCCGCGGGGGUCCCCAAAGAGAUGCUCAGAGACGUCCCCGCGGGGGUCCCCGAAGAGACGCCAAGAGACGACGUCCCCAAGGAGACGUCUGGAGAUGUCCCCAAGGAGACUCCAAGAGUUGUCCCCGCGGGGGUCCCCAAGGAGAUGUUCGGAGACGUCCCCGAGGAAGCGCCAAGAGAUGACGUCGUCCCCACGGGGGUCCCCGAAAAGAUGUCUGGAGACGACGGCGUCCCCAAGGAGAUGUUCGGAGACGUCCCCGAGGAGACGCCAAGAGACGCCCCCGAAGGCGUCCCCAAAGAGACGCCAAGAGACGCCCCCCCCGACGAGGUCCCCAAGAGGGUCCCCAGCCAACCCCCUGGGGGAGCCAUCCCCAAAGGGACCCCCCGAGGCGUCCCCGUCCCCACGGGCGUCCCCAUCCUCGCCGAACCAGCGCCCCGGGGACAGCGGCUACGAGACGGAGACGUCCCCGUCCCCCGCGGCAGGGGUCGUCGUUGGCGGUGGUGGCACCGCCGGGGCGACGGUGACACCGGGGACCCCCGCGUCCCGCCGCGGGCAGGGGGACAGGGACGGGGACGUCCCCGGGGCCACCGCCGAGGGGGGGUUCGUGGUGCAGGUGUGCCAGGAGCGGCUGCAGGUCACCCUGCGCGAGGACGUCACCCGAAAUCUGCUGGCACCCCGGGGACGGGACGGGCACCCCGACUUCCAGGGGCGGGGGGGGGGGGCCGGCGCGGGGCUGGGGGGGGACAACGGCGACGCCGACGUCGUCGCCGACGUCCCCGCGGUCACCCCGGUCCCCGCGGUCACCCCCAGCAGCGCCGACAUCCGAGCGAAGGCCUCCCGCCUCUCUCUCCCCCUGCCCCCCCUGGCCCUGCGGCCUUUCCCCCGCCGCGGCCCUCGGGCUCCACGCUGGGAAGCAGCCGAGGCGCGGGGAGCUCCGGCAGAGGAAGAGGAAGAGGAGGAAGAGGAAGAGGAGGAGGAAGAGGAGGCCGAGGAAGCGGCGGCGGGCGGGGGCGGCCCCGCGGGGCCGGUGGUGCCGGUCGUGGUGACCCGCUGGGACGGACGCGGCCUCCGGGGCCUCCUCAAGUCACCGCGGGCCGCGGCGGAAGCGGAAGCGGAAGCGGCGCUAGCGCGCAAGCGCAAGAUGGUGUCCUUCUUCGAUGACGUCACCGUCUACCUCUUCGACCAGGAGACGCCCACCAACGAGUUGAGCUGCCAGAGCGCCGCCGAGGGGGAGGGCGCGGCCCCCGACGCUUUUGCGCCCCCUGACGGAAUCGGAGGGGUCUUCGAGUGGGAGGAGGAGCGAGGCCCCCCCGGCCCCCCCCUGGGUGGGGACCCCCGGCGUGGCACCCGCUUCACUGUCUCCCCCGCGCUGGAGCCCCCCCGGGGCCCCCCCGAGCCCGAGCUCCCCACGGCCCCCCCCAUCGAGAACUGACCGGGGGGGGGAUGGAGCUCUGCCCCCCCCCCAUCGCAGCCACUUUUGGGGGGGGCCCCACCGCUGCCCCUCCCCCCUCCCAAAGCCCCCUCCUAUAGCGGGGGGGGGAGGGGCUCGACCAGAUUUGGGGGAACCCGCCCCCCCUCCCCCCCCCCAUUCCUUUUCUACAGUGACUUUUGGGGGGGGUGGGGAAAUCCCCCCCCCCGCCCCGUACGGAAAUGGGGGGGCCCCCCCGCCCCCUCCCCAGACCCAGCAAGGGGGGGCCCUGCCCCCAUGUAGCCCCCCCAGUGCCAAACUUG